UUCUCUAUCGUCCAAUCAUAUGGCUUUAAAAGUGAAAAAACACCGUAGUACAUUACGCGUCUCUACUGCGCAGACUCACGCACAGCUGAAGAUCAGCCAGGUCUCGUUUCCCACAGAGGAUUUUAAGUCUCCUUACAAAGCUCCUAGGAGCUCAUAACCACCAGUAAAGCUGUAUAAGCACCGGGUUGACGGGACCGAAGGAAGUGGCGCGUCGUACGGGGAGCUGCCUGCUGAAAUCGCCAUGAGCUACAAACCCAUCGCUCCUGCGCCAUCUGGCUCCAACCACACGCCUCCAGGCUCGUCUGUGCCCUCCCCAUCUCUCCCCUCAUCAUCCAACUUUAGGCCGGCUUUUAGUGACUUUGGUCCACCCUCCAUGGGCUUUGUUCAGCCUGUCAAAGUGUCUCAAGGGUCCACCUACAGUGAGCUUCUCUCUGUCAUUGAAGAAAUGAGCCGUGAGAUCAGGCCUACAUACGCUGGCAGCAAGAGCGCUAUGGAGAGGCUAAAGAGAGGUAUAAUCCACGCCCGUGCACUGGUCAGGGAGUGUCUUGCAGAGACGGAGCGAAGUGCCCGCACAUAACCUUUUGGAAAGAUCCCUUCACCCCUCACUCUUUCCCUGUAGGAGCCUAUCCGCUUCAAGAUCGUCUGUUUUACAACCUUUUUUUUUUUUUUUAAUCCUCUCAUCGUUUCCCCGCCAGCUUUUUCUAGGUGCAUUAUGCCCCUCUUGUCUCCACUGUCCCCUGCAUUCCACCGCACCCAUUUUUGUUCAUUACAAACUUCCUGUGACCUAUGGGGUGUAUGCAAAAUGCAGUUUUGUAUCUAUUUUAAAUAAGAGUCUGGAGAAUUUCAACACAUUUUUGAGUACAGACCUUUGUUCAAUGACAGCAAAUGACCAAGAAAGUUUAGUGAUGAAAUCAAGUUUCUAUUCUAAACACUCUGAAACCACUUAAUAUUUUUUGCUUAUCAGAGCAUCUUGACUAUACCCCAUUUCCUUUCACCCUUGCUAUGUUUUCAUCAUAUUUUGUAGUGUAAACACACAUUAGAUGUUUCUUAAUCCCAACAACUCUGUACAUCUCAAGUCAAUUUGUUAGUAUGGAAAUUUUGUAAACCAGAUUUUUGCAGUUCGGUAUGUAUAUCUUAAUUAAAUAACAGGAAAAAAACCCUUUCA